AUGAAGAAAAUCAACAGCACCACUCUGCACUACCCAAUUUAUUCUGGUCGGUAUGAAUUUAUCCACAUCCUCUCUAUUCAUUUCUAAAGCACGACUGAGUCUAGAAUCUAAAAACGGUGUUUUUGGUUGUUUAGAACAGGCUAUUUGUUCCAAACUAUUAAACAUAGCAGAUUCAGAACCUCCUUUCCAAGCAGGUUUUUCAAAUAAUUCUUCAACACUCAUAUUAUAAAUAGCACAUAAUUCUUGUGCACCACGUCUUGAAUGCUCUCUUUUCUCGAUUUCGGGCAAUACAGAAUCAUGUAGCCUAUAAACUCUGUUUCCUUUUGUCAUGUUGAACAUAGCUAUUGCUUUUUGCUUUGCUUGUAUAGGACUUAAAUCUGGAUUGAAUUGCUUCAACAAACGCUCAGAAAAUGGUUUUCCUGCCCCGUAAAUCCUAGCAUAGUUUAAUACUUUGGCGUUAUCUCUAGUGAUUCCAAUUGCUUUUGCAGUUGCACUAUGCAUAUCUGUGCCAUCACUUUUCCUGCCACUGAGUGUCAUCCAGCCAAAAGCAGUCGCUCCAUGUUCUUUGCCAAAAUACGAAUCUCCGAUGACAGAUGCUAUCCAUAAUUCUUGGGAAUCGACAUCUGCCCCAACUAAAGAAUAACCAGCUGGUGAUUGGAUCAUACUACGCAACUCAGAGCCAACACGUUCAUCAAUAGCAUUAGCAGCUGUCAUCCAUGUUCUUUCUACAGCUCGACGAGUUAAUGUUCCACAUACUACAACCUGUGGUAUGAUUGCACCAAAUCCUUCAGAUUUAUUGGUCCAAACAACAAUUUGACCUUCAACACGUUCUCUAUUAUUUCUCCAAUAAGACAACAUACGUGAUAUUUCAAUGAUGCGUUCGGCUUUACUAUCUUUCCCAGACAAACCAUUUUGAGAAAAUUUAUUCAAGAAAUCUCGUGCAAGGGGAUUACCAACAUUUAAAUGAUUCCCAUCCUUAUGUGGAAGUUUUAAUAUGCCACAACCUGUAGCUAAAUUGUCUUUGCAUGGCUCAAAUUUGGUAUUUUUAUAUUUUUUUUUUUUAAAAGUGCAUUCAUAUUUAACUAGAUUCGUCUGGACAUCUUCAUGUAGUUCAGAAUUAUUUAUUACUAUUUUACAAUUACAAGAUGCAUUACUUUUAACAUAGUGAUCUUUUAGUUCUUCAAUUGGUACAAAUUCAGAAUCUAAGAGUUUUAUGUCUGUAUCAUAAGGUACAAGUUGGCCCCAGCCAUGUCCUCGUACGUAAUGUAGAGGAAGAGAUUUCCACAUAAGAGAAAGUAAUUUAGGGACAAGAUGCAUACCAGAGCUUAUGAGUACUGGACCAGGAACCCAAUUUAAAUCUUUGGGAGGGGCACACAAUUUUCUAUACCACUCUGGAUAACCAGCUAGAUGAGGUGUCUUAAGAGGCAUCCGUUCAAUAGUCUCCAUUAGCGGUUUAAAUGUUUUUUCUAAUUCUAGGAAUCUUUCUUCAUAUAUAUCUUCAGGUUCUAUAGAUUGAUUUUCAACAGUAAUUUUUGGUUUCUUUUUCUUUUCUUUUUUCAAUUUUAACUCCUUUGAAAUCCAAUUUUGGUCCCAAAGCCACAAAUCUUUUUUAUAAUUAUCGUUAUACAUUAAUUGACAAGCUUGAUUUGCUUGUUGUGAAAGUAAAAAUUUAGAUUCAAUAUCCAGAUCUUCAUAUAUUUCAUUUGAAGUGUUCAAAUAUCUGUUCCAAUUUGAAUUUACUGGCAAAUAUGAUGUACCUAAUUCUAAAAUACCAGCCAAAGUAACAGGAUGAGGAAACCGUUCUAAAAACAUCGGCCAUAGUUUUCUUAAAACUUGUGAUGUAGCUUUUACAUCAUUUGCACAAUAGGUCAUUAAAUUUUGAAAAUUAUCAUUUAUAUCUUUUAAUGAACCUUUAACAAAUAUUUCACGAUCACUCUUUGACAACUCUGAUUUACAAUAUAAUUUGUACACUUCAUUUAAACUGUUUAACGAACUGUAUUGUUGCCAAGAUUCAUCUUCAAUGGUGUCUUUAGACUUUAAUAAGGUUUUUUGAUAACUAGUAAUACCACUUAUGGCAACAUGUAAAGACAUAGUAUCAAUAAAUCGAAGAGCUGUACGAUUUAACCAAUAUUGUUCCAUAAUUCUGGCCCUAUCGAAAGCAACAUGAUGGCCAAUACACAAUUUAGGAGUAUUUGUCCAUUCAGUUGAUUUUUCUUUGGAAUUAAUUGAUGCCUCUAAAGGUACAAGAUCUUUGGAUGAAUAACCCAGAUUUCUACCAGAUCUAGUAUUACAAUUAAAUAAAUCUCUACUCGUCCAACUAUACCAAGCUUCUGAUGUGACAGCAGUUGCUAAGGUUGGUAAAUCACCUUCCGUACAGCACACUUCAACAUCAAAAAUGAUUACUUCUUCUUUGGGAUAGUCGCAUGGCUCAAUUUCAUUCCCACAAUAUCUUGUCCACCCUUCUCUAAAUACCCAUUCAUUAGGCAUAGUAGGUAAUUUGUGUUUUAAAAAUGCAUCCAUCAAUGUGGCAUAUGGAUCACUUUGUAUUUUACCAAUCUUAUAAAAGUGAUCGAUUAUGUUUCCCUCCAUUGGAGGUAAUUGCAGUUCAACAUCAGGUACUUUAUGCAAUAUGGAAGGUAAAUCAUAUUUUGAAAGUUCUUUUAGAGCCAUUUUUAAUGCAUCUUCGUUUGUAUGACGAGGUUCAUUGAAAAGCUGAUCAUACAAAUUGGCCGACAACAUUUGAAUAUUUAAGGCGUUUUUACGGAAUUCUGUCUUUUCUAUGGGCAUUAUUCGCGGCGUUCUAGUCAAAUUUUCCGAUAUCACUGUUUGUUCUUGAGAAUUGUCUACAAUCAUUUCGGUUUCAUUUACAGGCUUAGGUGAUUUAGACAUUGUAGAGUAUUUUCUUCCGCUUCUAGUGAAUUGCGCAUAAUAAACAUGAGCACGAUUCCAAUACAUCCCAACACACUAAUUUAAAUGAUCAAAACACGUGCAUUACAUAUACACAUAGUACCUAAUUCGCAAGUUUUAAAUCAGACUAAAAUCACUUACCUUUUUAUCGAUUUAUCAAUUCUAUGUUUUACGAAAAUGUGAACAGUCAAUAGUUACGAACGGAAAUAAAUAAUAAUACUUUUAUGCGUACCUAAGAAUUAUUACGAAAAUUAAAAAUCAUUUACAUACCACGUACUUAUCGUUAUAAUAUCAAACAAUAAAAAUAUGUAACUAUUAUCAAAUAUUAUCAAAUUCCUUAAUAUCCGUCUUUAACUUUAGCAUUAUAAUAUCUCAUAUUGAUAACUUGUUUCUAAGUUCUAGUUAGUUUAUUAUUAUAGAGAUAGUGAUACUGAUACUCGGUUACUUGAUAAAAAUCGGCAAAUUAUGUAUUUAUUGAAAAUCUUAUAUAUAUAUAUAUAAUAUAUGAUCUAAAUUUUAAGUUGAAAAUAAAUAGUGAAUAUUGUGAAAUUAUAAAAUAAAACUUUCAAAAUGUAUAUUUGUUUUUCAUUAAAAUCAUAACAUAUUAAUAUUUUAAGUUCAUUUGAAGUGAAUUAUAGUUUAUAAAUUUUAAAGUAGAAUAAUUUUAUUAUUAAUAAUAAUUUUAUUUCUUCACCAAAAUGACUGGUAAACCAAUUAAUUGUUUUGAGUUGUUAUUUAAGUUGAUUAAUUUUAAUUAAAAAAAAAAAAAAUAUUAAUUAUUAUUGCGAAAAUAAGUGCCAUUUAAUAUGAUGACUUCAUAUAAAUUAUUUUGCUUCUUUAAUAAAUUAAUUAAAAAAUUACCCAAAAGUAUUUGAAUGAAAUUUGGUUUUAUUUUGUGAGAGUGAUAUUGAUAUAUUAUUAAUUUUAAUAACAAGUUAUCACUUUAAGAUAAUUUGAUUGUUUUUUUAUUUUCAAACUCAAAAGUUAUACUUCCACCUCUAAUAUUUCUACAGAUCCUACCAAAAAAACAAAACCUAACAAUAAUUGUAUGAUUGUUAAAAUAAAAAUUUUAUUUUAAGUACCUUAGUAGACCUAAACUUAAUAUAAAUACAUUAAGUAUUUACUAGAGUAUUUAUGUUAAUAUAAUUCUUAAAAUUACUUAAUGAUUAAUUUAAAUUGCAGAUAAUUCUUUAUUAGAUUUAUCCAGUCAAGAAUUGCGUAAAUUACCAAAAAUUGAAUACAAUAAGAACAUUAAAAUUUUAGAUGUGAGCAAAAACUGUUUACAAAAAUUGGAAAAUAUUGAACAUUUCACUGAACUUACUGAAGUAUACAAACCUAAAAAUAAUUAGUAGUUUUUGUUUCUACAUAAAAUAGAAAUAUAUUUUUUCUAGUUGAUUGCAAAUCACAAUCAGAUGAUGAGAAUGUAUACAGUAGCAAGAUUAACAAAAAUAGUAAAAUUAGAUUUAUCUAAUAAUCACUUAAUGAGUAUUGAAGGGCUCAGAGAUUUAACAAAUUUGGCAUAUCUUAAUUUGUCAAAUAACAAAAUCAAAGUAAAUUUUCAAUUUUUACUAGUUUAUAAUUGUUUAGUUUUUCUAAAAUAAAUUUUUGUCUUAAGGUUAUUGAACAUUUGUCAUCCAAUGUUAAUUUGGUACACAUUGAUUUAUCGUUUAACAGUAUAGCAUAUAUAACUAAUUUAAGUCAUCUUUUAAAACUUGAAGUUUGUAUAUUUUAUGUAGAUUCUUGAUUUACAUAUACACUAUUUGCAAUAAUAAUAAAUAUUAUUUUAUCGCUAUUAUAGACAUUGUUAUUACAUUCAAAUCAAAUUUGUCAUUUAACAAACUGUCAACAUUUUCUUCCGACCAACUUGCUCACUUUAACUUUAGCUAAUAAUAAGCUUAAUGAUUUGAACGAAAUAUCACAGCUUUUUCGACUUGGUUCUCUCAAAGAAAUCACUUUAACUGGUAAUAGUUGUCUCGAAGGAUACACAUUUAACUAUAGGCCAUUCAUUGUGAAUUGGUGUCCUAGUGUGAAGAUAGUUGAUGGCUAUGCUGUAGAUGACAUUGAAAAGUAUACAUUUUAAAAUAUUCGUUUUUGUUUAUAUCAAAUAAACAUGUUAUAUUAAUAUUAUUUAAGUUUAAUUUUUAUGUCUUUUGUAGAACUUCUGGAAAAUGUAUAGCUAUGCUUGUGGUUAAUUUAGAUUUAUUUUAGUUUAAAGGCUGAAUGGUUGUAUAGCCAAGGUCAGGGAAGAAAAUUUCACUCUGGUCAACAUACAGCUCUCGUGCGAUAUUUGAUGGAAACAUGUCCACUUACUAGCCAUGCUUUAGAAACUGAACAAGAAAGAAAAUUGAGAUUAGUUUUGAGUAAAGCUCAACAAUAUAGAGAACAAUUACACAGUACUAUUAUGAUUCAACAUAAGUUUUAAAUUUGUAUUUAUUUAUAUUUAUUUUUAAGGAACGAGUGUACCUAGUACAAAGGAGUUAGGAAAAGACUCGUUGAUGACCAGAAGCCUAGACCCCAGUAUUUUAAAGUCUACAACUCAGAGGCUUUCCACAGGAUCGGAUAGUUGUCAAGCAACACCUAGCAGUAUGUCUCGUAGUGUUCAUUUGCCAGUGACUGAAGUCAACAGUUUUGUGCAGUCUCCACCAUUACCAGCUGCAAGUACUAUGUUGCCGAUAUUGGACUCUUUACCUAGUCCAUUAACGCCCAAUGUACCUAAGCCAAGAUCAGUAGUUGGUCUUCAAACACCAGCUGGAGAAGAGUCAAGAGCUCCUACUAUGGACAAACUAAAAAUGAUUAAAAGUAAAGCAUCACAAAUGAAUGGCAAUGAGAACAAAGGUAAAACCAUUUUAUGAACAUUGUAUAUGAAUAUAUACAAUAUAUAUGUUGUAUCAUUAUUGUAUUAUUGUUCAUUUUGUAAACAAUGUUCGUAUUCUUUUAAUAAAAUAGAACCUUAGUGUGAUUACACAAUAUGGAUAACAUUUAUAUUAAAAGGAUACUUAAACUAUACGCAAUAGAACUUGUUCCUUCAUUUGGAUAUCCAUAUAACAAAACAUUAAAUUCUACUUUUUUUUUUUUUAACAAAUAUAUUAUUAUUAUUAUUAUUAAGAAAACAAGUUUGUGAAUUAUGGCAAUGAAAAAUGCACAGAUAAAAGGAUAAUAUUCACACCUAGUUUUUUUUAUAAAAGUAAAAAUUUAAAGCUUAUUAAUAACAUAUAGAAUAAAAAAAAAUUGUUAUUGUUAAUGAAAUAACUUACUUCUUUAAUUUGGCUUGUACUAAAUCCCAAAUCUUAGUAUUAAUUUCAUUGUAGCAUUUUUUUUUCAUAAAAUUACAUUUUAAUAAAAUAAUGUACUAUAUUAUAUUUAAAUAUUUUUAGUAUUUUAAUAUCAAUAAUACAUUUAUCAAAUUAAUAAUAAUAGAUCAUCGAAUAAUUAAAUUGUAAAAAAAUAGUAUGUUAAAUAAAAUAUGGACUUCCAAAUGACGGAACGAGUUCUACUGUGUAUAGUUUAAAUCUCUAUUUCAUGAAAUAGAUACAAACAGUAUCCAUUUUUCAAAACUGAUAAUAACGCAAUAUGGAUGUGAAAUAAACUAAUGUAUGAUUUACGUAGACUUGCACCAAUCGGCCAUUAUAAUACAAAAAAUGUGGCGAGGAUAUCGCGCUAGAAAUUUGAACAAAAAUGUUUCCAGUGUAUACCAACAUGUUCAAAUGUUACGUUUCAAUGAAUACAUUAAGUAUAAAAUAUUUGAUCUGAAAUCAUUUGAUUUUCAAAAUUGUUCAUAAUUCUUUGUUUUUCUAGACAAAUGAGUAAAGAUUUAGUAGAUACCAAAAGUACUCUAGAAAAAGAACAUAAACUGGUUAUAUUACAAAUGCAAGCGAUCAAUGAAUUAUGGAAAAAGGUAUGAUUAAAAAUAAAUAUAAUUUCAUUAUAUUCUCUAUAAUAUAAUAAUUACUUUUAUUAGAUACCAUGUAAUUUAUACUAAAUUUUAUACAAGAUCAAAAUCAUCCAAAUUAGUAAUAAUAAUGCCACUAUGUCUUUCCAUUAAACUUCGGAUAAUGUUAUAAGGAAAAAUGCAAUUUACUAAUAAAAAUAAAAAUUCAAAAAGUGGUUAUAAUAAUAAUAAUAAUUUAUUAUCGAAAAGUAAAAAUAAGAAAUUUUAAAUUUUUGAUGCUACCCUAAAAACGUAGCUUGUGGUGGGUGCGGCAGUUCAAUACAAUAAUAUUUAUAUAAUAUUAAAUUUUCAUUUUAUAAAUACUUAUAAUCAAGAACAAGUUCAGAAUUUUUUUUUUUUUCUAGUCACUAUUUGUUUGAAAGACUAUAUUUAAAUAUAUAUAUAUAUUAGGAUAUUAUGUCUAUUAUAUUUAUCAAUUUUAUUAUUUCUUCAGUUUCAUUCCCCCCUCCCCCAAUUUGAGUAUAUGCAUUAAAAAGAUGAAUUACUAAAACGUUUUAGAAAGAUCUAUUAAGGUUAACAUGUGUCGACUUGAAUUUAAAAUUUGAGUAAAUUCACUCAUAAUUUAAUGAUAUAUUUUACAUUUUUAUGAAUAUUUUAGUUAUAUAUGGGAAAACUUAAAAUUCUUAAAAUUUUAUAGUAGACGACGUACAAGACAAAUUACAAGACGUAAUUACUACAAUAUUGUGGUUCUUAUCUAGGAAAAAAUACGAUAAUAUUUAGCUGCACAAUGUUUAUAAUUUCCACAUGAUCUUAUAAUUUCUGUAGUUGUGUGUAUCUAUUUAUAAAUAUAUACAAUACAAUUUUGAGAAAAUAGUACAUUUUAUACAUCAAAUUCAAUAUAUCUUGUAAAUGAAAAAAAAAUUUAAAAAAAAUAUGUAAGAAUAUAAUUUAUAGACAAUUUUAUUUUAUUUGAAAUAUAUUAUGUAACAAAAUAAGAUUUCCCCAUAUGUAACUGAGAUAUUAAUAAAAAUGUGAAUAUAUCAUUAAAUUACGAGUGAAUUAAUGUACUCAAAUUUUAAAUUCAAGUUGGCACGUGUUAAUCUUAAUAGAUUGCUCUAAAACUUUUUAUAGCUCAUUUUUUGAAUGCAUAUACAUUAAUUAGGGAAGAGGGGGAGUGAGACUGAAGAAAUAUUGAAAUUGAUAAAUAUAAGGGGCACCCUAAUAUAUAUCUGCUUAGAUUAUGUUGGCUUUAUAGUAGUUUAAUACAAAAUAUACUAAUAAAUUAACAUUAAUACACAAUAAUUACAGGUAAACAAUAUGGAUAAUCGAAUAGGUGGUGAAAAUAAUAGUGAUUCCAAAUGUCAAGCAUGCUCUUCAUUGGAUACUAAGGUAUACAUUCAAUAUUCAAUUAAAUACCUAAAAGUUGAUAUAAUAAAACAAAUUAAAUUAAGAUGUAACAUUGAUGUCUAUAUAAUCAAUAUGAUCUAACUUUAUUUUUCAAAAUAGAAGUAUUAAAAAAAAAAUAAUAAUAACUUGGAAAGUAAAAUAUAAAUUAAUAUUAUCAUACAAUAUUUUUAUUGAGUUUAAUAAUAUAUUAUGAAUAGGUAUGUACUUAAAUUUACUAGAAAAUAUAUACAUUUUAGAUUCUGAGAUUAUUAAAGAAUGCAUCGAUUUUACCAUAAUUAUUAGAUAUUUUUUUUCCGUGAACUAAUUUUAGUCCGGAGAAAUAAUUGCUUUGCAUGUUGUCCACAGAAAACAAUAAUAAUAAACAUCAUAAUAAAAUUAAUACAUUCCUUGUUAAGAUAAGAAUCUAAAAGCUAAACAUUUACAUUUGUUUGUUUAGUUUAUUGUUUUACUAUGAUGAAAUGAGAAAUGUUUUGGUUUUACAAUGAUGUUUACAUUUUUUUUUUUUUUCUAUGAAUAACUUUUCUAUUAGCAAUCUUGCUUCAAUCAAAAAUGAAAAAAAAACAACUUACUUUCAUUUUGUAUCUUAAUGGUACAUUAAAGAUAUGACUUUUUGAUUUUCUAAAUGGGUUUUCAUAAUAAUUGAAAAAAGGGAUCAAAUAUUUACAUAUAUUUUUAAUAUGUAAUUUUUCUUUGGUACGUAUAAUAUAUAUAGGGUCUGUAUGGAUAAAAUUGAUUAGUCAAACAGAAAUGUUAGAAAAUUGUAAAUAUUACGGCAUUUUAAAACAUAUAGCAACUGACCUUUGCUCAGAAUUUGGUUAGCAAUGGUUUAUCAAUGCUCGUUAAUUAAAUAACUUUAUGUAACUUAUCUUUUAAUUUUUAGACAAUGGUAAGCUUAGUUAUGAUGAUAAUAACCUUCGCCAAAAUGUUUAUAGCUUAUUUUAAUAUUUUUUCUUGGCCAAUAUUAAAUAUGCAAUCGUAUUGUUAUUCACAGGUUGAUUUUAAUAACAACUGAUCUAUGUAUGCAAAAAUAAAAAAUAAAAAAUAAACAAAUAUAUGUACCAUUAUUUAGAUAAAAAUUUAUUUUGGCCAAAUGCCACCAUAAAAAAUAAUAAUACAAAAUAGGUUGAACCAUUUUAAUUUAAAAAGACUUAUUAUAAGGAAGUAUGUGUUUUUUUUUUAUUUACAUUUUCAUUUUAUUCAUUUUUAAAUAUAAUUACUUAAUAUACACAACUCCCCUCACAAAAAGGUGUUACAGCACAUCUAUAAUUAUAAUAAAUAAGAAUUAUUUAAAUAAAUAUACUGUCUUUCAGGUCCAACAACUGCAACAAUCAAUGGACCAUGUGUUGCGAUGUGUCAGUCCAUCGACACAGAGUGUGGCCGAAACACAGACGGAUAUCACUGCCAUCCAAACACCAGUUGAAGAGUGUUGUCCAAACGUUAAUGCAAUCAUUCGACCAAAUUUCCUUCCACUAUCCAAAUCCUGUACAAACCAAGUUGUGCAAAGUACAACCGCUAAUGUAUCUACUGCGUCUUCAUCUGACAUUUAA